AAAAUUUGCCAAUAAUCUUCAAAGAGAAACCAACCAGAUUCAAGAAUGGCUAAUGGGGAGCUUAGAUCUGUAGCAUCAAUGCUUUUGGGGCUAAAUUUCUGCAUGUAUCUUAUAGUUGUGGCCAUUGCUAGCUGGGCUACUAACAACGCCAUUAAUGAAGGCUUCUUCAUCGCUCCAGGAUUGAGUUUCCCCCCACAAUUCUCUCCCAUAUGUUAUUCCAUGGGGAAUGCCGCCACGGGAUUCUUGGCCGUGUUUUCCCUGAUAGCCGGGGUGGUUGGAGUUGCAUCUGUCAUAGUUGGCAUCGACCAUAUCCGUCAUUGGGACUUUGACAGCUUGCCUUCUGCUACUUCUGCAGCAGCUGUUGCCUGGAGUCUUACUGCCCUUGCCAUGGGAUUUGCCUGGAAAGAGAUUGAACUCCAAAGUAGAAACGCCAAACUGAGAACAACAGAAGCCUUUCUGAUUAUCCUAACUGUUACACAACUGGUGUACAUAGCAGUCAUCUGUGGCGCCUCCGGCACAACCAGGAGAUAAAAAGAAGAUGAAUUUCAGAAUCGUAUCAAAGAUUGUUUGCAUAUAUAGCAUCUCAUAAUUCCUUUGUUUCUGCAUUCUUUUUCCAUUUCCAUUUUGCCAUGUUCUACCCAUUGGAAUUGUACAAAAUGUUGAGCAUAUAAUAUAUAAAACAUAAUUGCGUAGUU